UGCGGCUAUUCAGCGUCCUGGCAAGAAGAAGGGGAGGAUGGACCGUGACACUAGGAACGAAUUGCCCCUGCAUUCGUUCUCAAGACAAGGAAAGGGGUCAACUUCAAGAAAACCAGAAAUCAGAAUGGUGGCGACGACAGACUGCAUAGAAAAAUCCAGAUCCUUUGCUGGAAACAAGGUAUCCAAACCACUGAUGGAAAAGAAACGUAGAGCUCGCAUAAACAAGUGUUUGGACCAGUUAAAAUCGCUUUUGGAGAGCUACUACAGCAGCAGUAUUCGAAAAAGAAAACUGGAAAAGGCCGACAUCUUGGAGCUCACUGUGAAACAUCUACGGAACCUCCAAAAAAUUCAGAGAUGCACAGCUUCUGCUUCUGAGUUUUCCGAUUACCAAUGUGGCUUCCGCGGUUGCCUGGCAAACGUCAACCAAUACUUGCUGAUGGCAGACAACUUGAAUGGAAGCGACCGCUGGAUGUUAUCGCAGCUUUCUAGUAAACUCUGCCGCUCUUUAGGAGGAGGUGAAUCCUCCAGCACCAUGGACAGCUGCCCAGGACAAGCUGAAGCUUCGGAUGAGGCGCGGAGACCUCCGCCAACGGCACCCGGACCUGAGGAGAGAAAAACGGCCAGAGCUAAGAAGCGGAAACUCCACAGUACAAGCACGGCUCGUCUUCUACCGAGUGAAGGCGCACAGCAGUCACUUGGAGCCCAGUGGGCUGCCCAUGAUGCAGCGCCCGUACAGAAUAGUCGCCAAAGUUCCAGCUGCAAGACGCUGGAUUCUGCAAGUCACAGCGAAGUUGCAAACACUCAACACAACGUCUGGCGGCCUUGGUAA